AUGGAAUAGAAACGAAAAGUCUUGGGUGUGGUAACUUUUGGAAAUAUAUCAUUACAACAUGGGAAGGGAGUAGGAUAAGGAAAAAUUGAUGGAAGGUUGGCUGGAAAAGACAUUAUUGUUCUCUUUCGUAAUCAUGAUUCUGAAUAUUGCUUCUUUGCAGAUUGCAAGGUAAAUACCAUUUGA